AUGGGACACUCAGCUGUCCUUCUCUGUGUGGCUCUAGCCAUUCUCCCAGCUUGUGUCACUGGGGCCCCUGUCCAAAGACAGCAUAAGCUACUCCUCGUAUCCUUUGAUGGAUUCCGCUGGAACUAUGACCAAGACGUGGACACCCCCAACCUGGACUCCAUGGCUCAGGAAGGGGUAAAAGCCCAGUACAUGACUCCUGCCUUUGUCACCAUGACCAGCCCCUGCCACUUUACACUGGUCACCGGCAAAUACAUCGAGAACCAUGGGGUGGUCCACAACAUGUUCUACAAUACCACCAGCACGGUGAGGCUGCCCUACCACGCCACGCUCGGUAUCCAGAGGUGGUGGGACAACGGCAGCAUACCCAUCUGGAUCACAGCCCAGAGGCAGGGCUUAAAAACCGGCUCCUUCUUCUAUCCCGGUGGGAACGUCACCUACCAAGGUGAGGCCGUAACGAUGAGUCGGAAGGAGGGCGUCUUACACAAUUACAAAAACGAGACGGAGUGGAGGGGGAACGUGGACACUGUGAUGAAGUGGUUCCUGGAGGAAGACGUGUCCCUGGUCACUCUCUACUUUGGGGAGCCAGACUCCACUGGCCAUAAGUAUGGCCCUGAGUCCCAGGAGCGGAAGGACAUGGUGAAGCAGGUAGAUAGGACCGUGGGCUACCUCCGGGACAGCAUCAAGCGCCACCACCUCUCGGACAGCCUCAACCUGAUUAUCACAUCGGACCACGGUAUGACAACCGUCAAUAAGAAGGCUGGCGACCUGGUGGAGUUCCACAAGUUCUCCAACUUCACCUUCCGGGACAUCCAGUUUGAGCUGUUGGACUAUGGGCCUACCGGGAUGCUGAUACCCAAGGAAGGGAUGCUGGAGAAGGUUUACAGUGUCCUGAAGGACGCCCACCCCAGGCUGCAUGUGUACAAGAAGGAGGACUUCCCGAAGAACUUUCACUACGCCAACAACCCCAGGAUCACACCUCUGCUCAUGUACAGUGACCUCGGCUAUGUCAUCCACGGUCUAAUGAAUGUCCAGUUCAACAAUGGUGAACAUGGCUUCGAUAACCAAGACAUGGACAUGAAGACCAUCUUCCGGGCCGUGGGUCCCAGCUUCAAGGCAGGCUUGGAGGUGGAGCCCUUCGAGAGCGUCCAUGUGUAUGAGCUCAUGUGCCAGUUGCUGGGCAUUGUGCCCGAACCCAACGAUGGGAAUCCUGGCAUCCUGCGACCCAUGCUCCGGUCAGGGUCUGCGUCCUUGCUCAGCAGUCAGCACCACUUGGUGGCGAUGUUGCGCAGGAGCCAGAACACAGCAGCAUCUGGAUUCUACCAAGCUGGUGGCUCCAACUAG